AUGGCCGGCCUCAAUGCGCUCUUCCGGCCCGUGCCGCUCUUCGGCGCCGCCGCGCUUCUCCGCGUCGGCAUGCUCUUUUAUGGUCUCUGGCAGGACGCCAACUCGGCAGUCAAGUACACCGACAUCGACUAUUUGGUUUUCACCGAUGCCGCCCGCUUCACGGCGCAGGGGCGCUCACCUUACGACCGCGAGACUUACCGCUACACGCCUCUCUUGGCGUGGAUGCUCGUUCCGACCGCCUGGGAUGGAUGGUUUUCGUUCGGAAAAGCGGUCUUUGCUGUGGCAGAUCUCCUGGCAGGAUGGCUGAUUGUGCGUAUUCUGAAGAGUCGCGGCGUCGAUGAGGGAAGGGCUCUGAAGUUUGCCAGCAUUUGGCUUCUCAACCCAAUGGUUGCGACAAUCAGCACGAGAGGAAGCUCCGAGGGUCUGCUCGGUGUGAUGGUGAUGGCACUUCUAUGGGCUGUUUUGGAAAAGCGGACGGCAUUGGCCGGUCUUCUGCUCGGAUUUGGGGUGCAUUUCAAGAUCUACCCGUUCAUCUACGCACCGGCAAUCGUCUGGUGGAUGGAUGAUGAGACCCUGGGACGAAAGGGGGCUGAGCGUGCGAAGUCUCUUCCUAAAGUCCUCGUCAACUUCUUGAAUCCGGAGAGGAUAAAGCUGGCAGUCGUCAGUCUUGCAACAUUCAUGGGUCUGAACAUUGCCAUGUUCGAAAUUCCGUACAACAUCCUUCUCUACCUCAAUUCGGCACUGCCAUCCACAGCGACCAUCAAGGUUGAGUCUGUGGCAUUCUUCCCUCAGAUUAUGCUCUCGACCAUACUCAUCCCUCUCGUUCUGGCGAAGAAGGAUCUUGCAACAUCAAUGAUGGCGCAGACUUUUGCAUUUGUUACCUUCAACAAAGUCUGCACCAGUCAGUACUUCCUCUGGUACAUGGUCUUCCUCCCGCUCUAUCUCCCCAAUUCGGCAUUUCUGAAGAGCCCGAAGCUGGGAGUGACGGCGCUGGGUCUCUGGGUUGUUUCUCAAGCUGCAUGGCUGCAGCAGGGAUUUCAACUCGAGUUUUUGGGAUACAGUACAUUCUUCCCGGGCCUUUUUGCGUCCUCGGUGGGAUUCUUCUUGGUCAAUUGCUGGAUCCUAGGUGUCAUCAUUGGUGAUGGAGCAGAGGCAGCGAGCACUGUCAAGGCCAUCGAGGCCAAGAGUUGA